AUGUUUUACUACCCUGCAGUUUUAAAGCGACAUACAGGAUGUUUCUCUACAAUCUGGCUCGUUGCUACAAAAGGCAUCAAGAUUUCUCGCCAGGAUUUCCUAAAAGUCAACGUCACAAAGACCUGUGGUGACAUUAUGAACUACUUGCUGGAACGAGUCGAACCACCUCGUCCAGGCCUUCCACGACCUCGCUUCUCCCUCUACCUCUCCUCCCAGCUGCAGUAUGGUGUUGUUGUUGUCUACCAUCGGCAGUGCGUCAUUUUCCUUGAGGAGAUUCAGACGGUGGUGGAGCGGCUGCUGAAACAGAAGCCUUUCCAGAAGAUUGAUAUGGAUGACCGCAGCAGACCAUCUCUGCUCCUGACUGACCCUCUGUCCCUCAUGAUGGAAGCUGAUGGGAUCCUAGAUCCGGCAUUUGGGGUCAUGCAGCAGGACGUGCCCAGCCCCAGUGCACUCAUACAGAUGAGUCAAAUGUAUGUGAAAGAAGCAUCUCCAGCUCAGUUUGAAGUGAGCAGGACAUCUACUGCUGCUGAAAUCCAAACAGGCAUAACUGCAUCUCCAGACGAGAUUACUCUGAGGGAGAUGGAGCCGCUGAUGAUCCCGUCUGCAGAGUUUGAGGGGAUGGAGCUUGCUGAAGAUCAUCCACAAACUAUUGACAUCCUGUUGGCUCAAACAGAUCAGUUUCCAGAGGGUUACAGCCCACCACUCUCUCCAGUGAGGACGCCAUCAGAACGACGACGAAGACGGAGGGCUGAGUCUGAGCGUGAGCCCAGUCCAGAGGUGACCCAGAGGAGGAGGAGGAAGGGGAGGAGGAGGCAGCUGAUCUUCUUCGACCAGGAGACGCAGCUCUCUCAGAGGGAGCAGCAGCAGCGGAUCGACGACCCCAUGACCGACACCACACAUCCACCUCUGAUCCCACCGCCCUCCCGCAGGACGCCGUCUGUUACUGAGCUGUUCAACAACCCCUGCACCUCCUUGCCCGAGGAGCUGCUGUUUCUAUGGAGACAGGCUGCGACCAUCACACCUCUCUCUGGCUCGGACCUGCAGGUCGGGGAGAGAGGGCCCGAGUCCACCGACUCUGAAAAGGAAAGAGAGCGUGAGAUGCUUGAGAUGGCUGAGAUGGCCCUGAGAGAGAAGGAGCAGGAGGAGGAGGAGGAGGUGCAAGAGCUGAGCCACAAGGAGAUCCCCAGAGAGAUGGCAGAGGCAGAAAUGUUGGAUAUUUCAGGUCCAGGUUCUCUGCCUCUGGAGGGCUCCGACCAAAUGGAAGCGUCACGGGAAAUGUCCCCCCUGUACACAUCAGACAGAGAGGGAUCCAUUGUCUCCAGGCUUCCGCUGCAGGACAUCCCUGAGGAGCCGGCUGAUGUCCCGGGUAGAGGAGGUCCGGGCUUUCCAGGGUUGUUGCCAGAGUUAGCGGAGCAUGAAGAGGGCCCGGUGCUUUUCCGGUCUCUUCUACCGCCAGACGCCGACCGCAGAACUGUCAGCAACUGCUUCAUGAGGCUCCUGGGGGGUUUAUCAUCCAGAAGUGUGCGAGUGGAGCAGCAGGAGCCUUACGGUGAUAUCGUGAUCAUAACCGGUUCAGCUUUCUACUAG